AUGUCGUCUCUCCGCAACGCCGUCGCUCGGCGUCCACACAAGGAACGCGCGCAGCCGGCCUCCCGCGAAAAAUGGGGUCUGCUCGAGAAGCACAAGGACUAUUCCCUCCGAGCGCAGGACUAUAACCUCAAGAAGAAAAAACUGGCCCAGCUGUCACAAAAGGCCAAGGAGCGCAACCCGGAUGAAUUCGCCUUUGGCAUGAUCACCCAGGGAAGGGCGGGGUUGGGGAAACACAAAUCCAAGCAGACUGGUGGGGAUGAUGAAGAUGGGAACAAGAAACCGAGAGAAGGUGUUCCAUUGAGUCACGACGCGGUCAAGUUGUUGAAGACACAGGAUGCUGGGUAUCUGAGGACUGUAGCCGCCAAGGGCAGGAGGGAGAUCGAAAGAUUGACGGAAGAGGUGGGCAUGGACAGCGUCACCCGCGGAAAAUCGAAGCCAGCCACGAGGAAAACAUUUGACAAUGACGACGAUGACGAGCCUGAAAAGACGACCAAGGGAAAGAAAAGAAGUUGGAUUGGAGAAGUUCUACAAGACCAAACUGGGGCGGGUGAAGCAGAUCAACCAAUGCACGAUGUGGAGAUUUUGGCGGCAACAACAGUGAUCCAAGUCCCUGACGACAAGGACAAACCCCCAAAACCCAAAUCCAAGAAAGCCCUCCUAGCGGAACAAGACGCCCUGAGUCGUUUGCGUGCCGAGCGUAAAAGGAGGAAACGCCUUCAAGAUAUGCGGGUGGCAAAGCUCGAAGCCUUGAAAACCCGGCAGCGGGAAAUCCUUGCCGCUGCUGACCAGCUGGAGUUACAGCGGGCGAAGAUGGCAAGGACGGUGGGUGGAGUGAACAAGAACGGUAUCAAAUUCAAAGUUAGAGAAAGAAAGAAAUGA